UUAUGGAUUUUGUUUUGGUUCUCCAACUCCUAGCUAAGUGUAGCUUGCUGCUGUAGAGCUGCUGAUAUUUUAUUUCUGAUGUUUUCUUUUCUUUAAUUGACAACUACAGAAGAUGAAGAAGUUAUUUGACGACUUUAAAAAGGACAUAAAAUUUAAAUCUGCGGGACCCGGGAAGAAGUUAACGGAAGAUGCAAGCAGCAAGCCUGCGGUGGCGCCGAGCAGCUCCAGCAGCAAGCAGAGUCGGCAUGCUCCCAGCGAAGGAGCGCAGAUGGCAGGGGCCGCGGCCCUGGCCCGGAUCGAGCAGAAGCAGCGGCCCAAGGUGCACACCUCCCAGGACGCUAUCAGGAACCAGGUUAAAAGAGAACUGGAGGCGGAGGCAGCAGCUCUGGCUGAGAAGGAAAAUGCAGUCACAGCUGAGGGAUCCAAAGUGAAAGACGCGGCCUGCCUCUCUGUGUCCGGCGUUUACUUCACCUGCCCUCUCACCGGAGCCACGUUAACCAAGAGUCAGAGGGAGGUGCACAUUAAAGAGGCCAUUCUGAUGCGCUUCGAGGAGGACGAUAUCGAGGCUUCUGUUAUGAUGGUCCACACAUUUAACAAAGACAGAGAGAAAGUGAAGGCAGCUGUGGACAUCAUCAGCAAGUAUGUUGACAAUAUAUGUAAGAAUCCAUCAGAGGAGAAAUACAGAAAGAUAAAAGUUAGCAACAAGGUGUUCCAGGAAAAAGUAAGUCCUGUGGAGGGCAGUCGGGAGUUUCUGCAGGCUGUGGGCUUUAUAAGUGUUAUGCUUCCUGUAGAGGCCCAAGAGGAGGAAGAGGAGUUCCUGGUGUUGCCGGAGCAGAGUGACGACGCCCUGGAGCUGAUGAAGGAGCGGAGGGACCGCCUUCAGAGGGGAGAGCCGGUCAGAGCCCAGCUGGACCGGCAGCCUCAGGCUUUCCGACCGUCUCCCAACGCGCAGCGCUUCGAGCUGCCGCCCGAGUUCUACAACCUGUCGGCGGAGGAGCUGAAGAAGGAGCAGCAGCAGAGAACUGAACUGGUGGAGAAGAACGCCAUGCUCCGCACAAAAGCCAUGAGGGAGAGAGAGGAGCAGAGGGAGAGGAGGAAAUACAACUACGCCCUGCUCAGAGUCAGACUGCCUGAUGGGAACCUGCUGCAAGCCACGUUUUAUGCCUGGGACCGUCUGCCGGCACUCUUUGAAUUCGUCCGGGAGUCUCUGGUGGACGGCUGGCAGCCGUUUGAGCUCAUCGCCCCCGGAGGACAAAAGCUGCAGGAGUCUGAGGAGGUCACUCUGGUCGAAUGUAACUUGGUGCCCGCUGCCCUGCUCACGUUUGCCUGGGAUGCAGCCGUGCAGGCGGACAUUGCCGCUGCAGGCGGGAAGAGCUCCGCCGCCCUCCUCAAACCGGAGCUGCUGGAGAGAAUUCAAACCCUGAGCUGAGCGGAGCGGAGAGAGGGCGCCCUCUGACCCCUACUACCGCCUCCCUCUUCCUCACUCGCUGCCGAGGUGAAGUUGCCCCUUGGAGCAGUGCUGUAUUUAUUUUUACAAAUUCUACUUAAAGUUAAAGAUUGUAGCGCGGCAACUUCACCCUAAGGGAUUUGUUUUAAACCUACCCCCCCCCUCUCUCUCUCUCUCUCUCUGCAUGCGGGGACGCAGUCGCCCUCCGACAUGUCUCAGCAGUCAUUUGUAUUAAAGAAGAGACACUACUAACAUGUGACGGACAUGUUUGUCUACGUUUCCCCCCUCGGUGUCUCGGCUCAUUGUAGAAGUUGCAUAGUUCGGUUCGGUUCGGUGGUUUAAUGGAAAUCUCGAAGCGACCGCUUUCUUUCGUCAGUGUUCAAGGUGAACUCCGUGUCGGCUGUGUGAACUCGUCACGUGACUCCGUAACUGUAAUCGCGCGCGUGAGCUCCUGCUGCCUGUUGGUCGUCCGCUCGGCCUUGGCGUGCCGCUCUUUCCCGUGUUGUACAGCAGAUGAAUCAGAAGUCAAAUAUUGUUUUUAUAUAUAUAUAUAUAUAUAUAUAUAUCAACCGGAGAGUUUAAUAGCAGUACUUAACGUCACGAUGCUGGCUUGUGCAUCUUAA